CGCUAGAUUGUAUUGGUUAUAAGCUAAGCUGCAGGUCGUAGGUCAGCAUGCUUCCGACCGGUCCAGAAAAAUAGAAUUCCUCUAGUAUCUUGUAGUGUACAAUGGCAAGCAACAAAGCAAAGGUAAAUGAAGAACUUUCUCCUGAAAAGUUUGCAGAAAGAAUCGGCCGACUAAUAGAUGAUGCAUCCGUUUCGAUGGCAAUUGGUGUAGGAAAUGAACUGGGCAUUUUUAGCGUAAUGGCCCAACUGGAGAAACCAGAAACAUCCGAAGUCAUUGCCAAAAAGUCGGGCCUAGUUGAAAGGUACAUUCGAGAAUUGUUGGCUGUCCUUGUCACUGGGAAGAUUAUUCACUACUUCAAAGAAGAGAGUACGUAUUUUCUCCCCCGCAGCUACAUUGCUUACCUCACAACAGGCAAAACAAACAUGGCAAUGUACUCAUCUUUGCUGAUGAAAUAUAGUACUCAUUUUGAAGAGUUGCGUUGUUGCUUCAAAAAUGGAGGUGGAAUUCCAUACAGCUCCUACAAUGAGUUUCAUGCUUGGAUGGAUGGAUUCUCCAGUAAACGACACGAGGCCGAUCUUAUGGACGUUUUUCUCCCGACCAUUGAAGGUCUUAAAGAAAAACUCCAGUCUGGCAUCAAAGUUCUCGACGUCGGUUGUGGAUCAGGAUCACCAGGAUUAAUAAUGGCGGCCGCCUUUCCCAAAAGUGAGUUUCAUGGUUUUGACAUUUCAGAAGAAGCAAUAAAAAAAGCCAAAGAAGAAGCUGAAAGGCGUAGUUUAGCCAACGCCCACUUUGAAGUACAAGAUUGUGCCAAUCUAGGCUCGGAAUACAAUGAAUAUUUUGACUACAUCACCGCGUUUGAUACGAUCCACGACCAAGCCUACCCAGACAUGGUUCUUGCCGAAAUAUUCAAGGUUUUGAAAAGAGGUGGCCUGUUUUCUCUUGUGGAUUCAGAUGCACAUAGCAACCUAGCAGACAAUGUUGGUCUGCAAUUUUUGCCUUUUAGAUAUGCGACGAGUCUGUUCCAUUGCAUGCCAGUCAGUUUGUAUUUUGAAGGUGGAAAAGGUCUAGGGACAUGCUGGGGCAGGGAAAAUGCUUUGGAUAUGCUUAAAAGUGCUGGAUUCAUUGGAACAGAAAUAGUUGGUAGCAAAAGCUACAACUUUCAUAUUGUAAGCUCAAAGCAAAGCUUAGGGAAAGACAUUUGAUUGCAUAUCUUUGUAUUCCUGUACAAGUUGAAAAACAGUAUUUGCGUAUUAUUUUGAGGUCUGGGGCUGAUUAUUGUUACAUAGAUAUUGACAUCCUCUAUUUCCAUAGACUUAUUCUUAAUAAAAGAGACAUAAAUUUGAAAAUAUUAGUCAUUGCUGUUCUUCUAGGAUGUUGCGUUCAGAAAGUAGCUCUCCAGAUGCUAUUUAAGCUGUUUUUAAUGUUUUUAAGUUGACAGGUUAUAUUCAUUCUGAUAAGGUCCCGUUUGCCGAGGUGAAACAUAAGAUAGGCUAACUUUUUUGAUAUCUCAUUUUUAACGUAAUUAUACUGAUUCAUUACUCGCCAUUUCAUGUUGUUGCUGCUACUGUGAACUACUUCAAACCCUGUCAUGAGAUAUUUAUGUCUGGCCUUCAGAAAUUAGCUGAGGUAAAAAGCAAAAGUGGAACAUCAGCUUGAUACCCCCAAGAAACAUUUUGGAGCCAUCUAAACUUAGUUGUUACACUCAACAAAGUUAUUUUGUAAAAUAAUUUCAGAAGUAACUGGUAGAAACAAGCUUUGACACAAUUCAAUUCAGUGUGCAAAACAGCCAAAUUUGAUUAA